AUGGUCGAGCGGUUUCACCGUCAGCUGAAGGCAUCCCUACUCGCCGCAGACGAUCCGGAGAACUGGACAGACCACCUCCCCCUAGUCCUCUUGGGCAUUCGCUCCUCCCUCAAGUCGGACCUUGAUUGUUCUGCCGCUGAACUCGUCUUCGGUGCCACCGUCCGACUCCCCGGUGAGAUGAUCUCGCCAACACCACAAGGUGCGGUUGAGGAUCCCACCAACCUCCUGCAUCGCCUCCGGCAAUUCCUGCGAACACUUUCUCCGGUUCCGCCCAGGCCAUCCGUCUCCGAAUCUUACCUCGAGAAAGAUUUGGCGACAUGCUCUCACGUCUGUCUCCGAUGUGAUCGAGUCCGCCGGCCCCUGGAACCACCUUACGACGGCCCCUUCGGAGUUAUCUCUCGUGGGACGAAGAACUUCCGCAUCCAACGCGGCACUCGAGAGGAGGUCGUGAGCGUGGACCGUCUCAAAGCUGCCGUCCCGGACACUCCUCCGGAUGAGCCCUGUGGUCCCCCACCCCCUGCUCCGCCUCCCCGACCCUCCAUCUCUCCGUCCCAUAUACUUCCUUUGCCCCCAUGUCCGCAACCCACAACUGCAACUACUCCUUCAUCAACCAACAACACUGUAACCGCGAGCCAUACUCACUCUAUUCCUGUGCCCCCUGUAUAUAUCACCCGUAGCGGACGCCAUGUCCACUUUCCUGACCGUUUGGUCACUCAUGUUUUUUAG